AUGGAGGGCAUCGCCGAGUGCGCCGGCCAGUGCCUCACCCACGCCUUCACAAGCCCGCGCGUGUGCUACGGCACCAUGGCCCAGUGCACCGCCGGGAUCGCCGCACAAAGCAAUUGGAUGUCGGUGACCGGCCACUACCCGCUGCUACAAGACGCGAAGCCGGCGCGUGGCUACUACAACACGCCGGACGAUUGCGAGGCGUUUUGGCACACCCGGGAGGAGUUUGAGGGCGACUUAGUGCCCAUGCCACAGGAUCACCAGGAGGCGGCGCGGCACGCCGACGAGCUGCUGGCGGAGGUCGAGGCGGAGAAGCGCGCCAAGGGCAAGAAGGGCAAGAAGAAGAAGAAGGGCGGAGGGGCGGGCGGGGCUGGGCCGUCGCAGGAGACGGAGGAGGGUGCCGAGGCGCCGUCGGAGGCAGCCACAGCCGAGGCUGCGAAGAAGGCCGAGGAGGAGAGAAUGAUCAGGCUUCUCGAGAAGUGUCACGAGGAGAGGAUCCGGCUCGGCAUCACGGCGGAGAGCCAGGCGGCGGCGUCGGCAGAGGUGGCGCGUGCGGAGGCCAGGGCGGCGCGUGCGGAGGCCAGGGCGGCGCUGCGCCGGGCCGAUUUGGCGCUCGAGGGGAGCGAGACCGCGCUCGAGGAGGCGGCUGCUGCUGCAGAGGCGAGGGGUGCCGCUGCGGCCGCUUCGAUGGCCAGGGCAGUUGCAGCCAGGAUGGCGGCGGAUGCGGCCCAGGAGCGCCCCUGA